AUGGCUUCCAGUAGCUUACUGCCCUCAGAAAUAGCAGACAUGAGAGCCCAGCCUGGUCAAAAUUCAUUCAACAAUUUUCUUCCGCGGUACGAAUAUAGCCCGCUAGACCCUUCUACCCAAUCCAUACGCCUGCUGCGACUUUUCCCGUCUAAAGGCGAUGAUUAUCUGAUGGAGUGUGACAUUUUUCAUACUACACUGGACCAAGCACCUCCUUACAUUGCCCUAUCUUAUACCUGGGGUGAUCACUCAGGCUUGAAACAAAUACUUGUGCGAGAUAAGGUGGCACCUGUGAAAUCAAAUUUGUGGCAUGCUUUGCAACGGAUACGCCCACGAAGCGGAGAGCCCUUGAUAUUAUGGGUAGAUGCGAUAUGCAUCAAUCAGACAGAUGUUGCCGAAAGAAGCGUCCAGACGUCGAGGAUGCGGACCAUUUAUCAGAAUGCUGAGAGUGUGGCUGUCUGGGUUGGCCUAGGUGGCUCUGACACCAAGCUAGCGUUGCAUUUUGCAAGACGGCUGGAUUUGUGUAAUAAAGAGGAAGCCAGCCGGCUGAUUAGAGACCCGGACAAAAAGUCGGCGUUAGUAGCGCUUGUUACCUUGUUUCGACGACAGUACUGGUGGCGUAUAUGGGUCAUUCAGGAAGUCUCUGUUGCUAAGAAAGCUGUGGUCUACUGUGGGAUUGAAGCUAUCACUUGGUCUCAGCUUGACCGAAUUUGUGAUAUCUUCAAAGAAGAAGAAGAGUUCCUCCUCGAUCUGUUCUACAAGCGGCCGAGUUUUGUUCGCACUCUAAUCUAUGGAGGUCCUCGAGGUCUUCAAUUAUCACGUUACUCUCCACAUCUCCAAGCUCCUCCUUUGUUGGAGCUACUACUUACCCAUAAGAGUAAAAAGUCAACUGAUCCGAAAGACAAGGUCAUUGCAUUAGUUGGGAUCUCUCAAUCUCGCGAAUCGUUUGGACCUAUCGACUAUUCGCAAUCCGUGCAGCAAAUUUACACCCAUACAGCCCGACAUAUUAUUACCUCUUCACAAAAGCUUGAUGUCAUAUGUGUAAAGCAGAAUGAUUAUGUACGAGAAAGCUUGCCAACUUGGGUGCCUGAUUGGGCCCGGCCUUUGAGCACCCUGGGUGGAAUAAGACUACCACUCGGGUUGCAUCAUCGAGAGCCAAAGUUUACUGCAGCUGGUGAUAGCAUUGCAGAAUACGAAUUCCUGAAAGAUGGAUAUAUUUUACAAGCAGUAGGCUUCAAGGUGGACAUCAUAUCAACUGUAGGAAUGAUAUAUAAACACAAAGGCGCAGCUACAAGUGUUGAACCGGCUCUUCACGUCUUCCACGAUUGGUGGAACUUAUUUGCGGCAUCUUUAUCUCAUCCGCAAUCUGUGAGUGCUCAGGCUACGUUUGCGAGGUCUAUAUCUUGUGGUCAUUGGGCAUUUGAAGAGGAAGAUGGAACUUACGAAGAGAAAUUACGAAGCAUAUUCAAUCUUUCAGAGGCUUUGCUUGCGGGAGAUGACGUUCUAAGGAUAGACACACCGCCACAUACUUCACUUGCUAGCUCUGUUGUUUCGCUAGUUGAUGAGAGCGAUGAUGACCAGAUUGAUGUUGGUGACAAGGAGCAAAUCGCAGUUGCUAUCCAAGCAAGUACAUUUAUGAAUAGGAGACGAUUCUUUGUGUCGAGCGAUGGUGUCGUUGGAUUGGCGCCUUGGGACGCUACGGAGGGUGACAUGAUAGUGGUGCUUCUGGGUUGCCGGCAACCUGUUAUCCUGAGAGAAAUUAAUGGAUACUACAAACUGAUCGGCGAAGCCUAUGUUGAUGGAUAUAUGGAUGGCAAGGCGCUACAAGCAGCAGAUGAUGGCAGACUGUUGAAGGAAAUUUUCGAAAUCCAUUGA